AUGUUUUGCACAGAAAUCACAUCUUGUUACACAUCAGCAAAGUCACACAGGUGAGAAGGCAUUUCCUUGUUUUGACUGUGGGAAAUGUUUUGCACAGAAAUCACAUCUUGUUGCACAUCAGCAGUCACACAGGUGAGAAGCCAUUUCCAUGUUCUGAGUGUGGGAAAUGUUUUGCACAGAAAUCACAUCUUGUUACACAUCAGCAAAGUCACACAGGUGAGAAGCCAUUUCCAUGUUCUGAGUGUGGGAAAUAUUUUGCACAGAAAUCACAUCUUGUUAGACAUCAGCAAAGUCACACAGGUGAGAAACCAUUUUCUUGCUCCGAGAGCGGAAAAUGUUUUACACAAAAAUUACAUCUUGUUAGACAUCAGCGAACUCACACAGGUGAGAGGCCAUUUCUAUACUCUGAGAAAUAAAUCAGCUCUUGUUAUACAUCAGAUAAGUCACACAGGUGAGAAAGCAUUUCCAUGUUCUGAGUGUGGGAAAUGUUUUGCACGGAAAUCAGAUCUUGUUAUACAUCAGGGAACCCACACACGUGAGAAGCUAUUUUCUUGCUGUGAGUGCGGGAAAAGUUUUACCUGGAAAUCCCACCUUCUUAUACAUCAGAGAAGUCACACAGGUGAGAAGCCAUUUUCUUGCUCGGAGUGUGGGAAAUGUUUUACACCGAAAUCACAUCUUGUUACACAUCAGCAAAGUCACACAGGUGAGAAGUCAUUUCCAUGUUCUGAGUGUGGAAAAUGUUUUGCACAGAAAUCAUAUCUUGUUACACAUCAGCAAAGUCACACAGGUGAGAAGCUGUUUUCUUGCUCUGAGUGUGGGAAAUGUUUUACACAAAAAUCACAUCUUGUCAGACAUCAGAGAAGUCACACAGGUGAGAAGCCAUUUUCAUGCCGUGAAAUAAAUCUGCUCUUGUUGAACAUAUUCGACAUUACCCAAGUACGGAACCAUUUAAAUCUUCUGGAGUAUAAUUAUCACUGUCAUGCAAUGUUCCUCAAGGGUCAAUCCUAUCUCCUAUGCUUUAUAAAAUAUACAUGCUACCACUGGGUGAUAUAAUCAGACAUCAUGGCCUGGUCUACCACUGCUAUGCUGAUGACCUGCUUUUUGCUCCAUGGUGGUCAUUCUGAGUUGUUCGCUCGUUGCCGAUUUUCGCUAUAUUGCGAUUUUCCGCUUACUGCGCAUGCGCAAUGUCCGCAGUGCGACUGCGCAAAGUAAAUUUGCUAUGAAGUUAGGUAUUUUACUCACGGCAUUACGAGGUUUUUUUCUUCGUUCUGGUGAUCGUAAUGUGAUUGACAGGAAGUGGGUGUUUCUGGGCGGAAACUAGCCGUUUUAUGGGUGUUUGUGAAAAAAAGCUACCAUUUCUGGGAAAAACGCGGGAGUGGCUGGAGAAACGGGGGAGUGUCUGGGCGAACGCUGGGUGUGUUUGUGACGUCAAACCAGGAACGAAACUGACUGAACUGAUCGCAAUGGCAGAGUAAGUCUCGAGCUACUCAGAAACUGCUAAGAAAUGUGUACUCGCUAUUUUGCUAUGCUAACAUACACUCCCAGAGGGCGGCGGCUUAGCGUGUGCAAUGCAGCUAAAAGCAACUUGCAAGCGAACAACUCGGGAUGAGGGCCCAUGUACUGAGAACCUAAUACCAAUCCUAAAUGGUUGUCUAGCUGAGCGCCAGGGGUGGAUGAUACCAGUUGGCUAUGACUCAGUCUUUGUGAAACAAUAGAAGCUCCCCAACAAAGGACAAGACUACAGCUUUACCAACCAUCUGGAUUUAUGCUUUGGUGUUCAGAAUUGCAAAAUACUGAUCAUGUGCUGAAUCUUUGUGUUGUCCUGGUAUGUGGCUGACACAGACAUCAGGUAUCCGCCACAUACAAAUCCUCAUUCUUCCAUCUGUGGACCAUAGCCAGAAUCAAACACUUGAUUCCCUCAGAAGUUCAUAGACUACUGCAAUGCCAUCUACCUGGGUCACCCAGCAAAAGAAUUACAGAGCUUGCAGCUAGUACAGAAUGCAGCAGCCAGGCUGUUACCUAACCAGCCCGUUCCUGCCACAUAACACCCAUUCUCUACUCCCUUCACCGGCUGCCUGAAAGAUGACAAAUCUAUUUCAUAAUUGGCUAAAUGACCUUCCCAGCCCAACAUUACAUGGUCCAAGGUACUAGAAGCAGCUUCUGCCUCCUUACUGCCCUGCUUGCUUGCUUCUACAGAUGAAGGACUGUUACCAGCAGUACCAAGAAUCUCCUGUCAUUCAUUUAUGGGUUGAACUUUUAGUUUUGCAGCCCUGACCAUGGAACUCACUGCCUUGCACAGUCCAAGAGGCCUCCACUCUAGAGACCUUCACAAGCAGACUGAUGACUGUUACUCACGCUUUUCAUUAAUGUACCUCUAUUUACUUCCUAAAUAAUACAUCCCAAAUGCUUAGGUCUUUUUUCUGCUGUUUAUUUUGUAUCUUGUGCUUUGUGUAAAUGUGAAUGUCUAAUACCAGUUUCCACAAUCUGUAUUGCUGCACGACAGUAUGGCGGCCAUUGGAACGUGUUUUCACUUCUAGUUUGCCUAACUUGUUGCAGACACUCAUCUUGAUAAGGAGUGCUGAGUGUUUUCUGAUACAAGAUCCUAUCCAUAUAUACCCUGUACAUUACCAUGUGCAUUAGAGUCACCCGGGUUCCAUCUGCGGUGGUUUGUUGUAUGUUACAUCUAUAUGGUGCGGAUACUCCCCUGUAUGAUUUCAUAAUAAAAGCUUUUGUUUGCAUCUAA